AUGGCAGAUAGAGGACAAAGCCUGGCCGCCGGACGCGCCCGGAUCGCAGCCAAGUCUGCCCACGAGUUCGCCUCGGGCGGCAUCUACGUAAUUACCAUCGACUUUGGCAACGGCACUCAUGGCGUCUAUGUCGGCAAAAGCGACAAAGACAUCAGGCAUCCAAUGAGUGGCCAUGAUUCUGCCGCGCGAGCGGAGGAGUCUGACAGGCCGAGUGUGCAAGGUCGUUCUCGUGGAGCACCCGGAGCGAUCAAUGCUGCUGGAGAAGCUAGAGCGCGGUGGCGUUGGAAAGAGAAGCUGCAGCAGCUCUCCGAGUACACCGACUUCGAUCUAAGGAACACCCUGUGCUCACUACUGGAGGCAGCCUGCGUUGCGGUCAUGUGCACAUUCAGGCAGGACCUGUACAUGCAACAAUGGUCGAAAGUCUUCGGUCCGCCGCCUGCUGUAUCCGUUGGCUUGAAUCAGGACCCGGCUACUGGUGGUAAUUACCACGAGCAGCUGCGAGUUCAAAAGGAAAGAGGGAGCGAAGACUUCAAGCCGGUGGUUGAGUGCCCAGAGCGAUCAAGCCUGAUGCAAAAACUCGAGCGCGGCAGCGUUGCGAAGGAGAAGCUGCAGCAGCUUCUGGUGUACACCGACUUUGAGCUGAGAACUACCCUGUGCUCGCUCAUGGAAGCGACCUGUGUUGCAGCAAUGUGCGCCUUUCGCCACGACCUCUACAUGGAUCAGUGGACGAAAGUGUUCGGCCGGCCGCCAGCUGAUGCAAGAGGCCUCAAUCAAGACACAGCGACCGGUGGUAACUACCACGAGCAGCUGCGAGUUCAGAAGGCUCGAGGGAGCGAGGUCUCCAAGCUGGGCGAUGACGGCAAGCUGCAAAUCACAAGGCAGAGUGACGGAAAACUGGUAGUAGCUUACAACAAGGUCAGCUACAUCAAAAAGAAGGGAGAGCUUGUCGCGGAGCUUCCUGUUGGAGAUUCUGCCGAUCGUUUCGCUGAGGAAUACGUUGGAAGCGACACCCUGACGAAGAUCGUCUGGCAGGCCCAGAUGGACAGCCAGGUGGCAGGUCGGGAAGGAAGCCGUACCUGCCGGGAAAGAUUGCCAAGCGUUUUGGUCUACAAGUCGGCGGCGACUGGACCGUCGAGAUGCGCUUCUUCGAAGGAAGCGGACUGCUAUGCCUUCCCCCGAUACCACGGGAAGGAAGCAGAGGAGCUGAGAGGCAUCGGAAUCGAAUUGCAGGCAUUCCAGGUGGACGUAGACGGGACCAAGAAAAGGCAGCCCAGUCAAUGGGUAGAGUACCGGAACUCUUCCCCGGUGGCCAACAAGGAGUGGAUCGAGAUCCACCUCAUGGUAGCAAGAUCCUUUGGCAAAGUUCAGACCUCCUCGGCUUCGUCUUCCGUGUCCGCAACAACGGCAACAGUAGCACCCUUCUCGGCUGGAGAAGCAUCGCCUUCAGCUGCAGCAGCAACAGCAUCGGCCUCCUCUUCGUCCGGCUGUAUGCCCAGCGGCUGCUUUGCCUCGCCCUUUGCCGGCUCAUACCUCGCCUUCCUGCCCGGCAUAGAAAAGGGAGACUUUGUGAGCUCCGUGAAAACCUCCGGAAAGGCUCCAUGUCUCAAUUGCAUCAUCCCGCCACGAAGGCUGCAAGGGGAGCCAGUGCCACAACGCUGGAACAGCAUCUGCAUACCCAGUACAUACAUUCCCGCAGAUGUCGUGGCGAAUCACACGGAGGCCAAGAAGUAUAGCUUCUGGCUACAUGUGGACCCGUCGUGUGCCAACGUCUUGACAUAUACGAUGACUGUCGGGCCACGCGAACCCGUGCCGAAUCCUGCGACCUUCGAGCCCGUGGAGCUGAGGGCUCACGAAGUCAGGCAGAAGCUAGCCGAGCCAAAGGACAAGGAACACAAGAUCAAGGUCAAGCCCAAGCUUAAGCCCAAGCCCAAAUCAGCUCAGCAAGAAACGGAGUCAGCUAUACCGGAGCGCCUUCGUAAGCUCCUCGAGGGGACUCUGCAGACUCCCAAUGUGACGCUGGGUGCCAAAAAGAAGAAGAGCAUUGCUGCUGAAUGUCCUGCCAAAAGCCCACCCAGAGGACCUUGGCUUUGGUACUUGAACCGAGAAGCCAGUCAAGUGAGGUGCAAGCUUGCGGCAGACAAGGGAUGA